UGUUUAUUGAUUAUCGAUUCACUCGAUACUCGAUUGGAUGUUUUUUUUUAAUGAAUUUUUCGAAAAAAGAAGACAUUUCUAUAUUGUGAAUCUCGGAGCUGUUUUUCUCCGUCGGAGAACUUUGAUCCCGCCGGUAAUCGGCCGGUUUCCGCCGUCACAUUCGUUCUUUUUUCGCGCGUUGUUACGUUGCUUUGUCUAUGAUGAAACCGCGAUCCUGUUCAGAUCUAUAGCUUUCGAUCGGAAGGGAAGCUAAAAUCUAUCUAGACGCCGAGAUCUUGGUUACUUAUCACUGAGAUUCUUCUAGGGUUUAUAUUUGAGCUGCUAUGGCGACUAGGAAUCGUACGCUGUUGUUUAGGAAGUACAGAAGCUCUCUAAGGAGCGUUCGUGCUCCAAUGGGGUCGUCUUCGUCGUCGACGGUAACGGAGCACACUUCGUUGACCGGAGCUAAAUCCGGCUUAGGCCCGGUGAUCGAGAUGGCGAGCACGUCUCUAUUGAAUCCGAAUCGGUCUUAUGCUCCAGUCAGUACCGAGGAUCCUGGUAAUUCGAGUAGAGGUACAAUAACAGUGGGAUUACCACCAGAUUGGGUUGAUGUAUCUGAGGAGAUUUCAGUUUACAUUCAACGUGCAAGAACCAAAAUGGCUGAAUUGGGAAAGGCUCAUGCGAAAGCGUUGAUGCCUUCGUUUGGGGAUGGUAAAGAAGAUCAACAUCAAAUCGAGUCUUUGACACAAGAGAUCACCUUCCUAUUGAAGAAAUCUGAGAAGCAACUUCAGAGGCUUUCUGCAGCUGGACCUUCUGAAGAUUCAAAUGUCAGAAAAAACGUCCAGCGAUCUCUUGCUACUGAUCUCCAAAACCUUUCUAUGGAGCUACGCAAGAAACAGUCUACAUAUUUGAAACGUUUGAGACUACAAAAAGAGGAUGGAUCGGAUAUAGAGAUGAAUCUGAACGGAAGCAGCUAUAAUGCAGAAGAUGAUGACUUUGAUGAUAUGGUAUUUAGUGAGCAUCAAAUAAGCAAGAUAAAAAAGAGUGAGGAAAUAUCAGUAGAGAGGGAGAAAGAGAUUCAACAGGUUGUCGAAUCCGUAAGCGAGCUUGCUCAGAUCAUGAAGGAUCUUUCCGCGCUUGUGAUAGACCAGGGUACGAUAGUUGAUCGGAUUGACUAUAAUAUCCAGAACGUUGCUAGUACCGUCGACGAUGGUCUCAAACAGCUGCAAAAGGCGGAACGUACACAGAGACAAGGAGGUAUGGUGAUGUGUGCAUCUGUUCUUGUCAUUCUCUGCUUCAUCAUGCUGGUACUCUUAAUCCUCAAGGAGAUUCUCUUGUGACACAAGGAGAUCCCUCAUUAUUUUUAUUCUUUUGAAACAAGAACACCACAUUUUUGCGUUGCGGAGUGUUCUCUAUCCACAAAUUGGUCCGAAGAGAAAAACGAACUGUGUUGUCUAUCUGGCUCGCUGGCUUUAAUUUACUGCAGCUUCUUCUGGAUUUUUUUUUUACUUCUUAUGGCGUUUACAUAGGAGAACAUUAUCACUUUUGUAUUGAGUGUUUGUAACUUGGCUUCUUACGAGUUUAUAAUGAUUUAUUUACAUGUAAAGAAAUUAACCAUGAUUUUAAGAAUCUAUGGAGAAGAGAUCAGAUAGAACUGUAAA